UGUCAAUAUUCUCAUGGCUUUCAUAGAGCCAUGCCGUUGCAGCAAUCGUGCCUUUGCUGUCGCAAGUUGAUUUGCUUACUAUGCUUGGUUUGCCCAGGCAGAUGCAUCAGACUGGACUCCAAAGUGAUCCUCAAUGCAACCCGCUCCAAUGAAACUUUAUGGCGAUAUUUCUUUCCUCAACAUCCAACUUGGGAUGUGUCUAAGAACUGGGUCCCAUACACUGAGUGCCUCAUCGAGGAUCAAUGCUGGUGCUUCCACGUUGAAGGUUCAAUGUCCAAAGUUCUGAACCCUCGUGGUGCAGAGAAGGCCUUUACUCUUGCUACAGGUACUCCUCAGGACUUGACGAGGUCAAGCCAAGCAAAAGAAGACUGUAGCUGCUUUGUGCCUUCGUGUCCAAGUUGUUGCCUCUUCAGCGACAUGCGGCCGGCCAAAUUGCUGGCGGCCAUUGCGUUGAUGCGGAAGCUGAAGAUCACCCACGUGGUGGAAGAUGGCCGUUACGGUGGCCUUUCUGCGUUGAUCUAUGCCCUCCAUGGCUUUCAUGUGACUUCUAUUGAGUUUUUGCCCUUGGGCCACGUCUCUGCUGCCCUUGGCAGCCACGGCAACGUGCACUUGGUAGACGGGGACUCCCGGCAGAAGGUCGUGGAGGUGAUUGAGGAGCUGCAGACGUCCAACGCAGCCGUGGCAGUGAUUUUUGAUGGGCUGAAGCGAUUUGAAGCCUAUGAGGUUUAUCAAAAGAUUGCAUCAAAGGUGAGUCUCGCCAUUUUCGAUGAUACGAACAUCCGUGAUGGCUUUGCUUUUCGUCAAAUGCUCCAUGAACGGAACCACAGCUCUUGGAGUACGGACUCUCGCACCUUUGGCCGUGUUCUGCGUGCUGAGGAGCCGGUGUUGCAGUCCCUUUUGCAACCCUUGCGUGGUAGGAAGUUUAUGGGAGGCAUGGAGAAGCUCGGACGUUUUCACUACACUAUGGUCGAAGGUGGUCAAUGGCCCAGCGAGGGUGUUUGUGAGGCGUGGUAGCUAUCUAUUCAACUUGCCCUGCCCAAAGAUAGGAGAGGGCACCGCAAGCUGCAAGCUGCAUACAAAAAAGGUCCACCGAUUUUUGCUAGCGGGUUCAACGUAUGCUAUCCAUGGGUGAUCUGGAGGUCAUGUGCUUCCUGUGUAGCGGCAUGCAGAGCCCUUCAAAGCCCUUCCUUAGCAGCGCAGAACACGCUGUUUGGAUAGACCUCAAAAGGUCCGAUUUGCCAACCCUCAAACACCUCACAACCACGGGCAGGAGGAGAAUGACAGCAUGUGAGUGAUGUCACAAUGUAAACUUGGAAGAUCCUGGAACUAUAUAUAAUGGAGCCAAAUUCAUGGGGUUCGAC